UGCCUCCUCCUUGGUCUGAGUGAGGCCAGCCUUCCAGGAGGUCUUGCUUGUGCAGGUUGCUCCUCCUCGGUCCUGUGCGGCGCGAGGCCGGGCGGAGCCUGUCUCUGCCUUCCAGCGGAGGCUGCUGCUUGCUUCUCUCCCUCUGAGGUCACCUCUCCUUCGGGAAAGCGCUGGAGAAGCCAGGCAUGCUGGUGCUGCUCCUCCUCCUCCCUUUCCCCCCGAUGCUGCUGGCUUCAGCCGCUCCCCGCGGUCUUGGUGUGGUUUAAGAGCCCCCAGAGGAGCCUCCACCACCGCCGCCGCCUUUGUCUCGAGAUGUGGGUGAACCCGGAGGAGGUGCUGCUGGCCAACGCGCUGUGGAUCACGGAGCGAGCCAACCCUUACUUCAUCCUGCAGAGGAGGAAGGGCCACGGGGGCGAGGGAGGCAGCGGAGGCAUCACGGGUCUCCUUGUGGGAACUCUUGAUGUUGUACUAGAUUCAAGUGCAAGAGUGGCACCAUAUAGAAUUCUGUACCAGGCUCCAGACUCAAUGAUAUAUUGGACUAUUGCCUGUGGUUGUUCAAGAAAAGAGAUAACCGAGCACUGGGAAUGGCUUGAGCAGAAUUUACUACAAACAUUGUCUAUCUUUGAAAAUGAAAAUGACAUAAACACAUUUGUCAGAGGAAAAAUACAGGGAAUCAUUGCAGAAUAUAACAAAAUCAAUGGUAUUAGGGAGGACGAUGACACCGAGAAAUUUAAGGAAGCUACAGUGAAGUUCCACAAGCUGUUUGGGAUGCCAGAGGAAGAGAAACUGGUGAAUUAUUAUUCUUGCAGCUACUGGAAAGGGAAGGUCCCACGUCAGGGGUGGAUGUACCUCAGCAUUAAUCACCUGUGUUUUUAUUCCUUUCUCAUGGGAAGAGAAGCCAAACUAGUCAUCCGAUGGGUUGACAUCACCCAGCUUGAGAAGAAUGCUACUCUGCUUUUGCCAGAUGUGAUCAAAGUCAGUACAAGGUCCAGCCAGCAUUUCUUUUCAGUGUUCCUCAACAUCAACGAAACAUUUAAACUCAUGGAGCAACUUGCCAACAUUGCCAUGAGGCAACUCUUGGACAAUGAAGGCUUUGAGCAGGACAGGUCACUACCCAGACUCAAGAAGAAGUCCCCUAAAAAAGUAUCAGCGCUAAAACGGGAUCUUGAUGCUAGAGCCAAAAGUGAAAGGUAUCGGGCCUUAUUCCGCCUUCCAAAGGAUGAAAAACUGGAUGGACAUACAGAUUGCACCCUGUGGACUCCAUUUAAUAAAAGGCAUAUUUUAGGUCAGAUGUUUGUCUCGACAAACUACAUCUGUUUCACUAGCAAGGAAGAACACAUGUGCAGCCUCAUUAUCCCACUUCGAGAGGUAACUAUUGUAGAAAAGGCAGACAGUUCGAGUGUACUGCCUAGCCCACUAUCCAUCAGCACUAAAAACCGAAUGACAUUUCUCUUUGCCAAUUUGAAAGAUAGAGACUUUCUGGUGCAAAGGAUUUCUGACUUUCUUCAGCAAACAACUUCCAAAAUAUACUCAGAGAAAGAGAUUUCUGGAAGUUACAAUAGUUCUGAUGAUGAGGUAUACUCAAGGGCAAGUAGCAUCCUUUCAUCCAGCCCUCAGAGAAGCCUUAGUUCUGAAACUGAUGGAGAACGGCAUUUCAACUUGAACGGUAACAGCAUCCCAACAGUAACGCAGGCGCUAAUGACCAUGUAUCGACGGCGUUCGCCAGAGGAGUUUAACCCUAAAUUAGCAAAGGAGUUUUUAAAAGAGCAAGCUUGGAAGAUUCAUUUUGCUGAAUACGGACAAGGCAUCUGUAUGUAUCGCACAGAGAAAACAAGAGACCUUGUGCUAAAAGGUAUCCCAGAAAGCAUGAGAGGGGAACUCUGGCUGCUUCUGUCAGGCGCUAUUAAUGAAAUGGCCACCCACGCUGGCUAUUAUGAAGACUUGGUGGAGAAGUCCAUGGGGAAAUAUAAUCUUGCAACGGAGGAGAUUGAGAGGGAUUUGCACCGCUCCCUCCCAGAGCAUCCUGCAUUCCAGAACGAGAUGGGUAUUGCUGCUCUGCGGAGGGUACUCACUGCUUAUGCAUUUAGAAACCCCAACAUAGGAUAUUGUCAGGCCAUGAAUAUUGUUACGUCAGUACUGCUUUUAUAUGCAAAGGAAGAGGAAGCAUUCUGGCUUCUGGUGGCCUUGUGUGAGCGCAUGUUGCCAGAUUACUACAACACAAGAGUUGUUGGUGCUCUAGUGGAUCAAGGUGUGUUUGAAGAGUUAGCUCGAGAUUAUGUUCCCCAACUUUAUGACUGUAUGCAGGACUUGGGCGUCAUCUCCACCAUCUCCCUUUCUUGGUUCCUCACACUCUUCCUCAGUGUUAUGCCCUUUGAAAGUGCUGUGGUUGUGGUGGACUGCUUCUUUUAUGAAGGCAUAAAGGUGAUAUUCCAGUUGGCACUUGCAGUCCUAGAUGAAAAUGUGGACAAGCUGCUGAAUUGUAAAGAUGACGGGGAAGCUAUGACGGUGCUUGGAAGGUAUUUGGACAGUGUGACCAAUAAAGACAGCACUUUACCGCCAAUUCCACACCUUCACUCACUACUCAGUGAUGAUGUAGGGCCACAUCCUGAAGUGGAUAUCUUCAGGCUCAUCAGAACUUCUUAUGAGAAAUUUGGAGGUAUCCGAGCAGAUCUGAUUGAGCAAAUGAGGUUCAAACAGAGGUUGAAGGUAAUCCAGACACUUGAAGACACUACCAAACGUAAUGUGGUACGAACCAUAGUGACUGAAACCUCUUUUACAAUAGAUGAGCUGGAGGAACUUUAUGCCCUUUUCAAGGCAGAGCAUCUCACUAGCUGCUAUUGGGGGGGCACCAGCAACGCCACUGACCGCCACGACCCCAGUUUGCCUUAUUUAGAACAAUACCGCAUUGACUUCGAGCAGUUCAAGGGGAUGUUUGCUCUCCUCUUUCCUUGGGCCUGUGGGACUCACUCAGAUGUUUUGGCCGCCCGCCUGUUCAGAUUGCUGGAUGAAAAUGGAGAUUCCUUAAUCAACUUCCGGGAAUUUGUCUCUGGCCUUAGUGCAGCAUGCCAUGGAGAUCUUACUGAGAAACUGAAACUGCUGUAUAGGAUGCAUGUUUUGCCUGACCCAUCAUCUGAUCAAGAAGAGCCAGAUUCUGCCUUUGAAGCAACUCAAUACUUCUUUGAAGAUAUCACACCAGAUUGUACACAUGUUGUUGGCGUAGAUGGCAGAAACAAACAUGGGACAGAUGAGGGAUUUGUUAAUGUGAGUGUGAAAACUGAAAAAGGUAAAAAGAAUGCUCAAGAUAAUAGAAAUUAUCUUAGAAUGUGGAGCCAGGAGAAUAAAUCCAAAGUAAAGAAUGCCAAGGACUUGCCCAAACUAAAUCAGGGGCAGUUUAUUGAAUUGUGCAAGACCAUGUAUAAUAUGUUCAGUGAAGACCCUAAUGAACAGGAUCUUUACCAUGCUACGGCUGCUGUGACAAGUUUGCUUCUGGAAAUUGGUGAAGUUGGUAAGUUAUUUAAUGCUCAGCCCAUGAAAGAGUCUGAAAACAACAGUAAUGUCAUUCAGAAUAAUUUGCUCCAAAAGAAGGGGAACCAGCAGUAUCACCUUGAACAACGUGAUCCUUUUCAAGAUGCCUUCUUUGCUGACGAGGAAGAGAAUAUUUGUGGUGAUGGUACACAUAUGGAAGACAUUAAGCUGGAAGAUUCUUCCCCUAGGGAUAAUGGAACUGGCUCUUCCAUGCUGAUUUCCGAUGAUGAUACUAAAGAUGACAGCUCCAUGUCUUCCUAUUCCGUCCUAAGUGCAGGAUCUCAUGAGGAGGACAAGCUGCACUGUGAAGACAUUGGCGAGGACACCGUUUUGGUACGAAGCAACAACCCAGCUUCUCUGCCUAGAAGUACUAGCAUUGACAGAGACUGGGCCAUCACCUUUGAGCAGUUUUUGGCUUCCCUCUUGACUGAACCAGCCCUUGUGCGGUAUUUUGACAAGCCGGUGUGUAUGAUGGCAAGGAUUACUAAUGCUAAGAAUGUGCGGAUGAUGGGCAAACCGAUUAUAUCAGCAAGUGACUAUGAAAUCUCUGCAAUGUCAGGCUGAGAGGGCCAGGUGAUAAGGUGGUUCUUUUUGUCCAAGAAAAAACAUUUAGGUAUUUAUAUUUAUGACUGCCUGGCACAGAUCCUGGAAUUUUAAAAACGUGGUAGUUCUUGCUUGUGUGAACAUGUUGGGAUGUAAAUCCAUACUUUGAAUUAUGAAUUAUUCUGUUUUUCUCUGUGUCUGAUAGCUUUAUCAGAAUGCUUGUCCUAGCCAAUAUACAUACAUAGGGAGGGGAGGGGGAUAAUUGUCUGUGGUGUGUAUAUUCCUAGCCUUGCUAUUCAUGGAUACAUUGUAACGAUUUGUUCACUUUUGACACAUUGAGCAAUGUUUGUGUAUGUUCUCCAAACUGGCCUAAAAUUUUGAGAGUAGAGAACUGGAAGGGCUCGAAAUGGCUCAAAUAGUGUGUGUGGUGCAAUAUGUGGUCUUCAUUCACAUUUGAUGAGUCAGCACUGUGUAUUAGUAUGUCUUUUAUUCACACACGGGCUGCUUUCUCAUAAGGCUGAAUGGGGAAAUGGGGGCAUCAUGCAUAAAGCAGAACCCCUAUUCCUGUAAGUCAGUGGAUCUCAAUCUGUGGGUCCCCAGGUGUUUUGGCCUACAACCCCCAGAAAUCCCAGCUAGUUUAUUUAUUAUUUAUUUAUUUACAGUAUUUGUAUUCUGCCCUUCUCACCCCACAGGAGAUUCAGGGCAGAUUACAAUGCACAUAUACAUGGUAAACAUUCAAUGCCAUUAGACAUACAAUAGACAGACACAGAAGCAAUUUAACAUUCCAGCUUUCCGGCUUCAUGAGGGUAUGCUCGAUUCCGGCCACAGGGGGAGUUGCCACUUCACUGUCCACUUGUGGCACUGAGUACUUGAGUACUUCCUUAUUCUUAUGCACGCUGCUGGAAGGUUUUAUGGUGUCGUAAAUUAAAUUAGCCUCCCCGCAUAAAGCAGUUCGUAAAUUUCUGACUUCACAGAUGCAGCUGUCUUUUGGGCUGCAUAGGUCAACAGCAAGUUAGACUGUUAAUGGUCAGGAGCUCACUCUGACCCUGGCUUUGAACUCAUGACCUCUCAGCAGUAGUGAUUUAAUGCAGCUGGCUACUAACUAGCUGCACCACAGUCUGGUACCAGCUGUUAGCAUUUCUGGAAGUUGAAGGCCAAAACAUCUGGGAACCCACAGGUUGAGAACCACUGUUGUAAGUGAUCUGUAAGCUUAGAAGGGGGAAGAUGGAAAAUGAUGCUGUCAAUUUGUUUAGGAGUCAAAAGCAAGUUCUUAGCAGCCUCCCUGGUGGAUGUCUCUUUAUAUAUCAUUUUUUUAAAGGCUAGUGAUUUAUAAUACUUUUUAAAAUAUAUUCUUCAGGGAUACUGCCAGAGACUUGACUUGACAGUUGUCCAUGUUGUGACCUAAACAAUUCAUAGUACCCCUUUUGAAAAUUACAGAGGGUUUUUGAAAAUAUAGAUAAUUCUGUGUUACUGACAUUUUAAACCAAGCAUUACCAUGAAUCUUGUGUAUUGUAGAGUAAUAGCUGGAUUGCCUAAAUCUUCAUUUAUAAUACAGUAAUUAUUUGGAAUGUAAUCUGGGGAAAAAAUCUGCAAGAAAAUGUAACUGAAUGUUUGAAAGUCUUAAUGAACGAAAACACUGUCACUUUACUCUAGAUUAAAUAUGUAUAAUGUAAUUUACUGGAUGAUAUGUUGAAUGACAAAUGGAGCACCUGCACUUUGAAUUCUUGUUUCUUGUUCUGAACCGUUAUUUGGUACAAUUCUAUACUGUUGUGUGUGCAAGAUGCCCCCACACAAAGGAUUCCCACGGAGAUCUGCAUUCACCCUCCCUCACUGUCUUUUAGGAAGGCAAUGCUAGAAAAAAAAAACCUCUGUUGAUCCUAAAGGAAUCCUCUAAAUAUGGGCACUGUGCUCACAAUAGGAAAGAAUUGGGCCCAGUCUUUUUUAAAAAAUGUUUAGCUGUUAUUUAAUUUUCAGAUUUGAUCCAAAUCAUUCUUACAUGCCUGAACUUUAUUUGCUGCCUUCAAAAAAAUUCCAUUAUUUUCUGGGUUUUUUAAUAUAUAUAUUGUAUUUUAUGAUCAUGUAAUUUCUCCAGGGUUUUUUUUAAAGCCAAAGCUGUUGCUUUCUUUUUUGCAGAUAUUUAACUGUCUGUAAAAUGGGUUAAACAUAGUAAGUAAAUGUGAACAAGGCUCUUUGUUUUUUAAAAAGAUAUUAAACCUGUAUCAGACAGAA